AUGCCGUCCACGAAAGUCGUCGUCGUCGCGCUCUAUCGGUCGCUCCUGCAGAGUGCGAAGGUGCUGGACACCCACGCGGCCUUCAAGGCCGUGCUGCCCCGCGAGGUGGAGUGGCAUCACGGAUCCAAGUGGUGCGACUUUUUUGGCUCGGGCUCCUCGUGUACAGACGCCGUUCGUUCUGGUUUUCGAGGGAUCGAGAACACGCGCGACAUUGACAAUUCACUUGAUGAGGCGCUACAGAUCAACAAGAUGGUGUUGGAGCGUGUGCAGCUGCUGUAUUGCGACGAGGGCGACCGCCACGUGCUGAGGUUCGCGGAAGUGUUGCACCCCACGACGUUUGACGAGAAGUACGAGUGGGAGAAGCAGCAGCUAAACAAGGAAAAGGAAGGAGAUCUGUGUGGCGCAUUGGAGCUGAUCCAGAGUGCGUCGGCGUUACUGGCGAGCGAGGAUCUUGACAUGGCGGACAGGACGAGACUUGCCAAAGCCUACUACGUCGAGUCGUUAAAAUUGUUCGAGACGGCAGAUGCUCACGCGUAUCUUGGCUGGCAUUUCUACUUGGACGGGAAAGUAGACGAAGCAGUGCGAGAAUGUCAGCGUGCGAUUCAAAUGGAUCCAGCGUUCGGAAACCCGUACAACGAUCUCGGACUUAUUCGCGUUGCACAAGGCAAGGCAGAAGAGGCGCUGCAGCUGCUUCUACAAGCCAUUGCCGCACCGCGUAAUGACGUGAGGCACUACGCGUGUCAGAAUCUUGCAGCGCUGCAUCUGGAAAACAAUCGAGUCAAGCCAGCGUUGCAUAAGUAUAUCGAGUCGUUGUACUGGAUAGGGCCGAACGAGCAGGUGGCGACAGCGAUUCGAAACACAAUAAGCGAUCUCGGGGAUGUCGUAAUCGCGUUGGCGUCGUGCAAGAAUGACACGGAAUGA